CUGAUAUGCGAGCAUCCGUUUUAAUACUGAGAGUACAAGGCUUAGGAGAGGCUAUAGAGUUAGCCCAACUGGUAGAGGAUAAGAACUCCUUGGAGAGGAGUGGCCAUAGCAGCAGUUUGGGAGUCUCCUACCACACUACCAAUACAUUUCUGACACCAAAAAUGCAGACGAUGCCUAUUCAGAAGGUAGACCCAAGGGUUAGAGGUCAAAGAGUACGACGAUGGAGGAACUUCAAGAGGUUGACUGAGUCAGAAAUUCAGUAGAAUAUGGCCAAAGGUUUAUGCUUUAGGUGUGAUGAGAAGUUCGCUCCAAGCCACGGUUUUAAGGGUCAUUCGUUACAGGACUUGAUAGUCAGCGAUAAGGAGAAAGAUGAUCACCUGCACUAAGAUGUUGCAGAGGUAUUCCUUACAUCAAUUGUCGGGUUCACAACGAGAACCACGCCAUGAAGGUUAAAGGGAAGAUCGAGCAUCAAGAGGUGGUAAUAUUGGUGGAUAGUGGAGCUACCCAUAACUUUAUUUCCAGCAGGAUGAUGGAUCAAUUGGGACUAAAAUUAGUGGGCAUGAGGGGGCUUUGGGAUUAUGCUAGGAACACGAAAAGUAGUAAGGAGUAGAGGAAUUUACAAAGGGGUGAUCCUAAUCCUUCCAGAGAUUUAGGUAUUGGAAGACUUUCUAGCAUUGGUUUAGGGGAGCACCGAUGUGAUACUGGGAAUACAGUGGCUUUAGAAGUUGGGGAAGACCAAUAUUGAUUGGAAUUCUCUAAAGAUGGAGUUCAAGCUUGAGGAGGAGAGUGGUUAUUAUGAUUUCACUCAAACGCAUGGCAAGGGCUCCAGGAGGACUUCUGCAACCUUUAGCUCUCUCUGAGAAGGUAUGGGAAGAGAUAACCUUGGAUUUCAUUGAAUGUUUGCUAAUAUCGGAGGGGGUUUCAGUGAUUUUAGUAAUAAUGGUUAAGUUGAACAAGUAUGCUCAUUUCAUUCUCCUGCGACACCCAUACAUGCUGGUUUCCAUGGCAACACGGGCUACAUGUAAUUCCGGAGUCUAUAGUGACAAAUAAAGACAAGGUGUUCCUGGCCAGUUUUGGAGAGAGAUAUUCAAGAUGCAUGGAACCGAUUUGAAGAGAAGUACAACAUAAUAUCGAUUGACGGAUUGGCAGACCAAGGUGGUGAAAAGGAGUGUAGAGAUUUAUUAGAGAUUUUUUGUCUUAGAAACACCCAAGGCCUCGGUAAAGUGGCUACCUUGGGUUGAGUAUUUGUAUAAUACAUCCUACCAUAGUACAGCGCAGACUACACCCUUCAAAAUCCUUUAUAGCAGAGGCCCUCCUCACCUAGUAUACUAUGGGAGCAAGAGCACUCUAGUUUCAUCAAUAGAAUAACAGUUGGUGGAACAUGAUAGAAUAUUGUGAGAGCUAAAGGGGAACCUACUAAGGGCACAAUAAAUUAUGAAGAAGCAGGCUGAUGAGCAUAGAAAGGAUGUGUAAUUCAAGGUGGAUGAUAAAGUAUAUUUACAAAUUCGACCGUACAAACAAAAGACCUUAUCUUGAGGAAAUGAGAAGUUAUCUCCACGGUACCAUGGGCCUUAUGAGGUCGUGAUCAUGAUUGGUGCCAUGACGUGUCGUUUGUAACUACCACCUACUUCCUCCAUACACCCAGUGUUCCAUGUGUCACAUCUAGAAAGUUAUUGGCAACCACAAUCCAUCAGUGAUGUUGUCAAUGGCCUUGAUAGAAGAAAUGGAAGUGAUCCUGGAUCCAAUAGAAGUCAGAGGAGUUUGCUCGAUAGUAGGAGUUAGAGAAGUGUUGAUCAAGUGGAAGGAUAUGCCCGACUAUGAAGCAACAUGGGAAUCGUAUCGGAUGAUUUAGCAUCAGUUUCUUUCAUUCUAUCUUGCGGACAAGGUUGCUCUUUGGGAGGAGUAUUAAUGGACCGGCAUAGCCAGUCUAGCCAAUCAACCUAGCCCUAGCAAGAGGGGUUGGUCUAGCUAGCGGAUGGAAGAGCCCUAUGGGCCCCACUAGUGUGGGCGGCAGGCAAGGAGAGAGGGGGCCUUAAAGGGAAUUAAUUCUACAUUUAAUUACUUUUCGUCGAAAAUCAAAAUUGGGAGGGAAUUAGGAAGGUUUAUUUAGGGAAAGAUGGCUGAUUUGAAUUUAGAUUUGGAAGGGAAUUAUGAAGACAUACUGAGGAUUAAUUAGUUUGUUCUAUUUUUAUUAUGGGAUUUGUGUUUUUGCUUUAGUUCUCUUUGGAGUUUUUCCUAGCGGCACCAAGGGUUUGUACAGAGUCGAUCUACCUCUCGAAUAGCAGAUCAACUUCUAUCUUGGUUAGUUGUCCCAAUAUUAAAAGACAUUAGCCCAUAAUUUCAUUUUUGUCUCUUUGAUUUCUGUUGUGUUUUCUCUUUGUUAUUGUUGUUUUUAGCUAUGUUGAGAUUAGAUUCGUAUCAAUUUCAUUCCUAUGUGUAAACAAAUCAACCUAUUCCAAUAAUGUAGGGAAACAUUUACAGUUUGGGGUCAUUGCCUGGCCCAAUUCAUUUGGUGAAACAAUAGAAAGAUCAUAGUCAUAUAAUAUCAGUAACUUCUUAGAGAAUGUAGUUUCAUAUUCUAUCCCAUGAAUCUUAUUUCAAUUCAUUGGAUAGUAUACAAAUUCUAUAUCUAACUAGCUCAUGAAGAAUCUCUCCUCAUCACCAAUAAUAUACUCUAAUACAACCGAUGGCCACUUCAGCGGCUCCUUUAGCUUCUUCUACUCAUUAAUUUCAAAAAUUAUUGUUCUAUAGUACUAAUCAAAUAGUUUAUCCUUGGUAGUUAUUUAUGAUCCAAAUGUCUUAGAGUAGAGCUAGAUUCGCUCCAUUAUUAGAAGCAAAAUUCUUCUAUAAGCUUCAAAAUAAUAAACCAUAUUUUAAACAACAUUGUAACAUUAGCAUUAUUAUAAUACAACUAUGUUUGCAUUAAAAAUGUUACCUUUUUCUUUAAGUUGUGAGUGCAUUUAGUGUUAAAACCAUGUUGCGCUAGCACUCCUCACUCCAAUCUUCUUUUCAUUUGAGUUAUCUAUAAUACCAAUCAUUCGAGCUUUAAACGAAGACAAUUUCUCUUCAUUUAUUGGGUGGAGAGGGUUAAUUGCACAUAGAUCCACUAGAAAUUUUUGACAAUGCUCGAUGGAUUUGUGUAAAUAUUUCGUUUUCUCCUUCGGCCUUUUAUUAUAUGUUACUCAUUCUACAUUUUCUUUAUUUCAAAGUUCAACUUCUUGGUGUCCUUAUUUACAAACUCUUAUCCUUUUUAUCAUAUAUACUUCUUCAAUCUUAACUCUUUUUGCGUCCUCUUUAUUUAUAAUCUCAAUAGAUGGAAUAGGUUUUUGAGUUUCCAUAACAACAUCCUCAUCAUUGUAUGACUUGGACUCAUUAUCAUGGCUCAUUUUGGUGACAAAUUCUCUUAUGUCCUCCUUUCAAUGAACAAAUUCAAUUAGAGCAUUUUGUUUUUGCUCAAUUCUUAGUUAUUUUUUCGUCAAUAUAUUCUUAAUAAAAAGCUCCUCUAGUUGAAUAGAGGGCAUAUGAUCACCUUAUUUCCUCUCUUCAUGCACCUCCUCCUUUGCUUUCUUAGUUUGAUCAUUUUUAAUAUUAUAUUGAACUUUAUGAAAAUUAAAAACUAAUUAUGAGUUUCUUUCUAACAUUCUUGAUAAAUAUUAUCAACUAAAGUAAAUAUUUUUUCCCCCACAGCUACCUUUUUUAAGAUGGAAGAAACGUGAAAUAACUGCAGCACUAUCCAUAAUUGCAGGCCGUGGAAUAGCUAUUCAAAUAUCAACUUUUCUUCACAUGCAGACCUUUGUUCUUGGAAGGCAGACUGACUUUUCAAGACCAUUAAUUUUGGGAACCAUUGUCGUGAGCAUGUUUUGCGUUGUGGUAGCAUUAUUGAAGGAUGUACCAGAUAUUGAAGGAGAUAAAAAAUUUGGCAUUCGUUCAUUAGCUGCUAGUCUAGGUCCAAAAAAGGUUUUUAGGAUUUGCAUUUGUCUCUUAGAGAUGGUUUAUAUCAUUGCAAUAGUGUUUGGAGCCACUUCUUCUCGCCCAUGGAGCAAGCUCAUAACAAUAUUGGGCCAUUCAGUUCUUGCUUUAUUCCUUUGGAAGCAAACCAUGUCUGUCGAUUUACAGAAUAAAUUUUCCGUGGAAUCCUUCCACAUUCUUAUUUGGCAGCUCUUAUCUGCUGAAUACAUGCUUCUUCCACUUGUGAGAUGAAACGAAAUUUGUUGAGUACCUGUGACAAAUUAUGUUCAAAUUAUAUACACUUUCAAACAACUAGAUUUUGCAUUGUAAUAACCAAAUUUAGAGCAGCAUUAAUUUCUCUCUUAAGUACAUGAUGCAUGUCUCUCUUUAAUCCUUAAGAAAUUUCUGCUGCAACUUAGCAGCAUUAAGUAUCCCAAGCAAAUUAUCUCUCUUAUG